AUGAAGUGGAAAAAUGAAACAUUUCAAAUGGCGUUCAUCCUUCUUGGGUUUUCCAGCAUGCCAAAUAUUGAAUUGCUUCUAUUUCCAAUAGUCCUGGUGAUGUACUUUGUUACAAUGACUGGAAACAUCUUCAUCAUAUUUAUAGUUAUGAAAGACCCAGCCCUUCAGUCACCUAUGUACUUCUUCCUAAGAAACUUAUCUUUCAUUGAGAUAUGCUUUACUUUAGAUACAAUCCCCAAAAUGCUAGUUAACCUAUUGUUGAGAGAUAAAAGUAUCUCCUACACAGGUUGUGCCAUUCAAAUGUUUUGCUUCUUCUACUUUGGAUGUGCUGAGUGUUUCCUCUUAGCUGCCAUGUCUUAUGACCGUUAUGUUGCCAUCUGCAACCCACUGAACUAUGCCAAUAUCAUGAGCAGGAACUUAUGUCAGAAGUUGGUUGGUGGAGUUUGGCUGAUUGGUAUUCCUGUCUCAUUGUUGCAGGCAGUCUGGAUCUUCAGCCUUCCAUUCUGUGGCAUGAAAAAAAUUAAUCACUUCUUCUGUGAUGCCCCUCCUGUACUGAAGUUAGUCUGUGCUGAUACUUCUCUUUUUGAAAUGCAAGCCAUAGUCUCUACACUUGUAUUCCUUAUGUUUCCUUUUGUACUGAUUUUGAUUUCCUACACCCGUAUCAUCAUCACCAUCAUCACAAUACCUUCCGCAGUAGGCAGGCAAAAAGCCUUCUCUACAUGUUCAUCUCAUCUAAUUGUGGUGAUAUUAUUCUAUGGAAGUGGGAGCAUUGUUUAUCUAAGGCCCAAUUCCACCUAUUCACCAGAAGUUAAAAAAAUGUUAUCUCUGUUCUAUGCAGUCCUUACUCCCAUGCUAAAUCCCAUUGUCUAUACUCUGAGGAACCAUGAAGUGAAAGGAGCACUGAGGAGAGCGUACCACCCAUUGAAAAGCCUUGCUCUAUACAACCAUCUUGCAUGCUCUCCAUGA